AUGGCAGUACCGCGUGACGAUCCCCUAAAGCGGUUUCAGGUUGAGCUUUCCGGAUUCGAGGGCAACAAGCGCAAAGAUCUAUGGAUCAAGUUCCGCGACAUCGAGGAACUCGAGAAGAAAGGCAAGGAGGCGUGGAUGAGGGAGGCGGAGAUGGCACACAACUUGUGGACGAACAGGGGAACAAGACGACCUAAGCGGAAGAACACGGAGGGCAACGAUAACCCCGAGAAACGGAUCAAGCUCGACGCAUCAACUCCGACCAUGAAGGCAGUUCAGCAAGACGAAAGAGCCACGGACCAUGCAGUGCCGGAGGGCAUCAUAUACCCAAAUGACAACGUCGACGAAUCGAAGAAACACAUCAAGCUUGAAGCGUCAAGUCCAGCCAUCAAAGUAACUCAGCAAAACGAAGAAACAACGAUACCCGAUGACAUCGUCGACCCAAGUACCAACAUGAACAAUGACCAGCUCAAGCAACUCUUCCUACAAGUCUCUGAACCGUUUCCUGCAACCGCCUACGUUCGCCUGUCAAAGCUCCUCCAGCGUGAGCACAAUCUUGCUUCACCGGUAUCAACAGCGCUACUGAAGCGUAUGCGCGACGGUGCUCCAUCGUGGACCCAUGAUUAUGCAGCACACUUUUUGAAGGAUCCGAUGUGGGUGGACUACUUGAAGAACGCACCACGAGCUCCAUCGCCUGAGCUAUUGGCCUCGGUCUUUUGCAAGGGAGAUGCCAACUCAAAGAACGCACCACGAACUGCACCGUCGAAAACUAGCAAGGCCGAUGGCACCUACCGAGAGUAUCAGAAAAAACGCAAAGGUACGAACGGAAGACUGGCCGCCCCUGUGAGCAAGUUCCCGAACGCCAAAGAGAGUGAUCCAGUACCCGUGAACAACGCGGAAACUUCAUUUCGAUUGUUGCUCGGAAACGACGAAGCCAGUUCGAAGAACGUGCCACGAACUGCUCCGUCCAAGCCCAGACUGCCGGGUAAUACCUACCGAGAGCUCAAUGCCACACUCAACAAAAGGGAAAACAUUAAGGCUAGACAACUGGAGGACGAAAAGAGCGAACCAGUUCGCAUAGACGACCCGAAGGCUGCACGGCAAGCUUCAGCGCCUGGGCCUGACCAAGGCAUUUCGACUUCCCGAAAGGUUGAAGAUAGUUCGAAUAAUGCGCCGCGAGCUGUACUGUCUGCCCACAGUCAGACUAGUUCGUCUACCCGAAGGGGCCCUCCGAAAACUAAAGUCAGCCUGGGAAUAUUAGACGCCUUCGUGGCCAGGUAUCCUGAAGCCAAGGAGCGCCAUCAUGUACGCAUGGUCAACCCAGAAACUACACUGCGAAAUGGGUGGCCUAAAGUUGAUCGUUCGCUCGGCCAGGCAUACCAGGUGCUCAGGGUUACGGAGAAACCCCAUACCGAUGAAGUCGACGCCUUCAUCGUUAAGUACUUCACGGAAGCUGAACAAAGCGAGCUCGUACGUAUGGAUCAGCUGAAGAGGGCACUGAAGAGGACGGUAAUGCCCGAACCCGAGCGCGAUGAACCUCGACUUGUUGCGUCCUACGAAGGGCUCGCCCACAAGAUCGACGCUCUACUCUGUGAAGCCGUCAUCGCUAAGCACUUCGUCAAAACCAAAGAAAGCGUUCCAGAGCGCGUGGACAACCCGAAUUCUGCGCCGCGAGCAGUAGCGCCUGGAACUGACCAUGAUAUACGGCCAGUGGGUGAAGCCUUUCGAGAGUUCUCAGUCGAUUUCAGGGCCAUGAUGGCGAGAGUCGCCGCCGUCCGCGCGAAGUGCUCUCCGGAACUCAAAGAGAGCGACCCGGUACGCGAAGACAAGCCGAAGCCAGUAGCACAGGCUGUAGAGCCCGAGCGUGAACGUCCCAAACAGCGAAUUGGUCAGGCCUUCCGAGAGCUCUUAGUAGUAACCGAUGCCUACUACAAGAACACAGCUGUCCUGUUCGCCAAGUAUUUCCCAGAGGACGAUGUUCAAGAAUAG